GUAUUACGUAUUGUUUGCCGCGCAGUACGCUAUCCGAUAUAGCUGUCUUCAAUCGCCUUUUCUUUCAUCGAAAUUCCUUGAUUUAUUGUGAGCACAAUGGUGAAAAUAUUCGUUGGAAAUUUGGCAGCUGAAACCACAUCAGAUGAGCUUAUGUCCCUGUUCUCUCAAUAUGGAAAGAUUUCUGAAUGUGACAUUGUCAAGAAUUUUGGCUUUGUGCACAUGGAUGACAAGGCUCAGGCUGAAGAAGCCAUCCGAAACCUUCAUCACUAUGAGCUCAAUGGGCAGCCUAUGAAUGUUGAAAUGAGUCGUGGCAAGUUAAGAGGCUCCACCAAGCUCCAUGUUGGCAAUAUAGCCUGCACUAACCAGGAACUAAGGGCCAAGUUUGAAGAGUUUGGGCCUGUCUUGGAGUGUGACAUAGUAAAAAACUAUGCCUUUGUUCACAUGGAGAGAAUGGAUGAUGCGAUGGAAGCCAUUAAUAAGUUAGACAACUCUGCUUUUAAAGGCAAACUGAUGAGCGUGAAGCUUUCGACUAGUCGGCUUCGUACUGCGCCGGGAAUGGGAGACCGGGCGAGCUGUUACCGUUGCGGGGAGGAAGGCCACUGGUCCAAAGAAUGUCCUCUUGACCAAAAUGGCCACCCUCGAAACGGCUCGGGGCCGAGGGCCGACGGAUUCGAUGCUCCGAGAUUUGCUGGGCGCGGUCGCAACAGGGGUUAUAAUCCGGGCUUCAGUGGUGAAUCAGAGUUUGACGGUGGUUUUCCUCAGGUACCUAGUUCCCGGGGGCCCAGUUACAGGCGUGGUACGGGCUAUGAAAGCUCAGAGAGGUACGGUCCUCCUCCGGCGUAUGGUGGCGUGCCCGACCAGGACGUGGCUCGGAUGUACAGCGCUGAGGCGGCAUACAGAAGCAGCAGCUCGUUCUAUGGCGCGGUUCCAUCCUACCCGGUUCGACGGUCGGCUUAUGAACGGGAUUCGUACGGGGUCGUGGACUACUACGAGAGGUACAGGGCCGGUGGGUAUGAAGGCAGUUAUUUUGAGGAGCGUCGCUCAGUUACCCUGCCUGCUCCUCCACCAUCUUCAUCUUCGGGAAUAAUAAGGGAACGUCUGCCCCCUUCUAGUCAUACUCCUCUUGACCCAUACAGUAUUCCUCCUAUCCCCCCUCCUUCCGCCCCCGUCUCCUCCUACUUAACGCGUGAGCGCAGCCCAAUUCGACGAGUUCCUGAGGCGGUCGGGUACUCAUACGAUCGUUCACAUCUUUCCUCCACGCCCAAUCUCCAAAGAAGUUCCACCUACGAGCACCCGCGGGAUCCCGCUGCCGAUCGAGCACGCUAUGGUUACUAGUCCUAGUUCUUGUGAAGUGACUGACAUUUAGGAUAUGUUUUUGUUGCAGCAUCAGAAAGGUCAAGCCAACACUCCAAGCAAACAGAUCAUCUUCAAUAUCUUUAAAAACUGCACUUUUAGGCCAUACUUAUUUGAAAGCAUUAGUAAUAUCACUUUAUAUUUUCAUUCUAGCUCAAAUGCUUACCUACCUUUUAUUGUAGUAUAUUCCCAUUUUAAAAUUCUACUAAUUGUGGAAGUGUAGAAUAUGGUAUUUUUGGGGAAAAAAAGUGUUUGUUGAAUCCAAGAGACAUUCAGUUUGAUAUUUUUUCCCGAUCAUAUUUGCUGCAUGCUAAUGAAGAAUUCAUAGCUGUUGUGUGCUCAUAAAUAGGUGUUGACCUAAGUCAUGUAAAAGUUUCUACAUAUGUGACUUUGGAAUUAUGUAUCACUUUCUGUUCCAACUGUUAAGCCUUUGGACUCAAUAUUAUUUGUGGUGUUUAGAUGUUAGAUUCAUUUUUUUAAUUAAAAUUCUUUUAUUAACAUUC